AUGCCUGAAGUGGGCACGGACUACUUCGGGGGCGACCUCAGUGAAGCGUCUGGGGUCAUCCUCCCGGAGACUUGCUGCGACGCUUGUUCAUCCACCGCCGGGUGCGUAGCCUUCACGUUCGUCAACGUUGGGUGGGACGGCAAGCCGCACUGCUACCUCAAGAAAAGCAUCGACGUCGCCAACAAGAAAGCGUAUCCGGCCGCAAUUUCUGCUGCUGUUACGCCAAGCACAGCAGCGUCGGGCCACGACCAAGCCAAGAUCCGCAGCGGAGCCGCCAAGCCAAGAGCGGUGAACCUCGGAGGCUGGCUCGCGAGCGAGUACUGGAUGUCGUGGGAUUCCCCCUUGUGGACGGGUGUUCCCAGCGCGACAGCUUCGCAAGGAGAGUACAACGUCAUGAAAUUCCUCGGCAAGACCGCAGGGACUGCUGCAUUUGAGAAGCACCGGCAGACGUGGAUCACCGAGGCCGACAUCAAGGAGAUCGCGGCCACCGGCAUGCUCAACACCGUCCGUGUGCCUGUCGGCCAUUGGAUCAUCCGCGACGCCACCACCUCGCCCGGUACAGAGAGCGAUAUGUACGCCCGUGGCGGUCUCAAGUACCUCGACAUGCUAAUCAACACGUGGGCUGUCAAGUACAACCUGGCGGUGAUCAUCAGUCUCCACGCGCACCAGGGCAGCCAGAACGGCUUCGAGCACAGCUCCCCCGUCACGAUGGGGAAGAUUGGGUGGAGCACGUCGCAGACCAACAUCGACAAUUCGCUCAAGUUCGCCACGUUCCUCGCUGACCGCUACAGGAACAGCCCGGCGUUCCUUGGCCUGGCCUUGAUGAACGAACCUCUGCCUCCCGUCGACCGGACGGCGCUGCAGAAGUACUACAUUCAAGCCUACAAGCAGAUCCGAACCACCGGGAACAUGUGCGUCUUGAUGGUGACAACGUUCCUCAGUGAGCAAGACGCGGAUCACCUGUACGGAAUGAUCGGCGCGCCGGCGUACGUGAACGUGUGGGACGAGCUCCACGCGUACUUCAUCUGGGGCUACGCUGGCGUGUCCGAGGAGCAGAUACUCGCACAGGUCGACUCGUUCGACCAAACGCAUCUGAAGGCAGCGCCAACCAACAACCGCCUCUUCCUGGGCGAGUGGUGCAUGGGGGGUCCUCCCGACCAGACCGGCAUCUUCCAGAACUUGGACAACUUCCGCGAGCUGGGGCGGAAGCAGCUCGCGUACUACAACGCGGACCUGACAGGCGGCUGGGCCUUUUGGUCGUGGCGCCACUCGGACGAAACGAUCAAGCGCACGGGCUGGUCGAUGCGGUAUCUGAUCCGGAACGGCUACCUCAAACUGUCGUGA